AUGACGAUGAUUGUGCUCUUCUGGCUGGUUGUUGGUAGUAUAAUACCAGGUCCAGGAAAGGCAGCAGCAUCGCUGAGAAUCGAUUUCUAUGCAGAGACGUCGUGCCCGCAGGCAGAGCAAAUCAUAUUCACCCAGGUUCAGAAAAUCCUUCAGAAUCCAGAAUUCAACAAUGCGCCUGCGGAGCUGCUGCGCCUCUUUUUCCACGAUUGCUUCAUCAAAGGGUGCGAUGCUUCCGUAGGACGUCCUGUGCCGGAGAAAGAUUCUAUACCAAAUAAGAAGCUCAAAGGAUUUGAAAUCAUCGAUAUGAUUAAGGAGGCGCUAGAGAAAGAAUGCCCUGGAAUAGUGUCGUGUUCGGAUAUUCUGGCACUUGCCGCCAGGGAUGCCAUCAGCCUUUCAGGUGGGCCUUUCUACCCUCUCUACACAGGCAGAAGGGACAGCAAACUGUCCUUCAACGAAUCCUUGAACGAGAUUCCGAGGCCGUUUGGAAAGAUCGAUGACAAUCUGAAGCUGUUUACUGAUCGAGGGUUCACCGUGAGGGAAACUGUAGCACUCUUGGGAGGACACAGCAUUGGAUUCAUCAGCUGUCAGUUCAUCCAGCCACCAAAUGAUACAUACCUUCCUGAUGAUUUCAAAGAGGAGAUACGACAAAAGUGUCAGAAUAUGAAUAACAACUUCAGCAUGAUGGACCCUGUCCUCAUCUUCUCUGUUGAGAUCUCAUUUCGGAACUCACUAUUACGAAUAGCUGACCAGAAGAAGGGGCCUCCUCUUUUCCGACAUGGAGUUAAUGGCCAACGAAGAAACAGCUGCCGUCGUAGAAGAAUACGUGUCAGACGACGGUUCCACUUUUCGAAGAGACCUCACCACAGCCUUGAUUAA